CAAAGGAAAAUUUUCAAAAAUUUUCUAAAAAUAAACCAGAAGGCCUAGAGCUUGGAUAUUUCUCAUGUAGCAUUUCCUAGUGGACCUCUGCAAAAUCUGUUCAAAUCAUGACCCCAUGGGUCAAAAUUGACCCCGCCCCAGGGGUCACUUGAUUUUACAUAGGAAAAUCUUCAAAAAAUUUCUAAAAAUAAACCAGAAGGCAUAGAGCUUAGAUAUUUCAUGUGUAGCAUUGCCUAGUUGACCUCUACAAAAUUUAUUCAAAUCAUGAUCUCCGGGGUCAAAAUUGACCCCGCCCCAGGGAUCACUUGAUUUUACUUAGGAAAAUCUUCAAAAAUUUUCUAAAAAUAAACCAGAAGGCCUAGAUCUUAUAUAUUUGACAUGUAGCAUUGCCUAGACUAGUAGACUUCUACAAAAUUUGUUCAAAUCAUGACUCCCAGGGUCAAAUUGACCCCGUCCCAUGGGGUUACUUGAUUGUACAUAGAAAAAUCUUCAAAAUUCUCUAAAAAUAAACCAGAAUGGCUAGAGCUUAGAUAUUUGACAUGUAGCAUUGCCUGGUGGACCUCUACAAAAGUUGUUCAAAUCUUUACCCCUUAGGGUCAAAUUGACCCAGCCCCAGGGGUUACUUGAUUGUACAUAGGAAAAUCUUCAUAAAUUUGCUAAAAUAAACCGGAAGGCUUAGAUACUUGAUAUGUAACAUUGCCUAGUAGACUUCUACAAACUUUGUUCAAGUCAUGACCCCCAGGGUAAAGUUGGUCCCGCCCCAGGGGUUACUUGAUUGUACAUUGAAAAAUCUUCCAAAAAAAUUCUAAAAUCAUCAGUUUAACAUUUGAAACACAUAGCACAUAUUACUCAGGUGAGCGAUCAAGGGUCAUCAUGACCCUCUUGUUUACCAUUAGUUUUUAGUUUACCUUUGCUAUUUCUUUGUGCCAUUAUUCAUCUUCAACCAUUUUUAAGUAUUGGUACUCCUAUACAGAUAAUGAAAAUAACCAUUGAUUUUAUUAUAUUAUGCAUUUCAGUGUAGGAUUUGAACUGAAUCAUGUUUUGUCAUAUUUGCAGGAGAAUGUGCUACCACCAACACUUUAUAUCCAAGCUGACAAUUGUGGUAGAGAAAAUAAAAAUAAAUAUGUGUUGGCGUUUUUAGAGUUAUUGGUUGCAGAAAAUAUUUUCCGUGAAAUUCACCUGUCAUUUCUUUACGUAGGCCACACACAUGAAGAUGUAGAUGCAGCUUUUAGUAAGGUUUCGCAAAAACUAAAGUGUGUGGAUGUUGAGACAUUACCAGAACUUUUUGACAUAUUACCCGAACCAGAACCUAUAGGCAAGGUGUAUGAUGUAAAACAAUGGAUGCAGCCAUACCUGUCCAGUUUAGAAAAAAUAUCUUUUCCAUUGCAUUAUAAAUUUGAAAGAAAUCAAGACAAAGUGAAUAUAUUCUAUAAAGGCCCACACUACAAUGAUUGGAUACAGAUGGAGGAUAGUAUUUUACCAAGGAAACCACCUGGGAAACCCAUGAAUUUAACACCGGACUAUACCAGAAUAAAUGUUGAUAGAAAUAUAAAACAAGUAGAACAAUUGAAACAGUUAUUUAAGAAUGAGAAUUCAUUUGAUUUUUGGAAUCAAUUUUAUAAAGCCAUCAAAGACAAUACCAGACAAAUACCCGAGUCAAGUUGGAUCUUAGACGAAUUACCCAGGCAAGGAGAUAUUCCUACUAUAGAAGAGACAAAUAUACCUAGUCACUUGAAAGAUAUAAUCUCCAAAGAGACAACAGUACCUCAGGUGGUUGUUAGAAGAAAAAUAACAUCUCAGUCUAAACAACAAACAGCUAAGAGGAAACAGACAGUUAAAAGAAAGAAACAGGCCAGUGUUAAUCGAUCAAAACAAGGAAAACCAAAUGGUAAAAGAAGGGUUGUGACUGUCACCAAAACUGUCAUCAUUCCUGUAAUUGAUGAAGUGAAAAGAUAUAUUUGGCUUUGGAUUUUUAUUUUUAUGAUGAACAUAGCUGUUUCAAUUCUCAUUUUGCUUGUGAUGAUGUUAUUAAAGUGUUUGUGUUCAGUAUUAGCAGUGUUACUGUAUAUACAUGAUAUAUGGCUGCAGACAAUUAAUAUGCACAUUGGAACUUUACAUGCAUGCACACACCAAAUUAUACAUGCAUGCACACACCAGAUUAAAAGGAUGAGCUUUCAUGCUGCAAUUCCAUUCCAGUAUGUAGAAACAUAUUAAUAGCUCAGUUGUAUAGGCUAUGAAGGAGCUGUGGUUAGAAACUCGGAAACCUUUACCUCCCAUUCUCUAUAGUAGUGUUUUUUUUAGCUUACCUGUCACAUAGUGACAAGGUGAGCUUUUGUGAUCACCCAUUGUCCGUCUGCGUCAAAAAUUUCUUGUCUGCAUGAUAGUGGUUUCAUUUAUGAUUUUAUUUUAACCAAACUUGCACAUAACUUGUAUCACCAUAAGAUCUUGGUUCUUUUUUUGAACUGGCCAGAUCUCAUUAUGGGUUCCAGAGUUAUGGCCCCGGAAAGGGCCAAAAUUAGGUAUUUUGACCUUGUCUACAUGAUAGUGGUUUCAUUUAUGAUUUUAUUUUAACCAAACUUGCACAAAACUUGUAUCACCAUAGGUCUUGGUUCCUUUCUUGGAACUGCCGAGAUUCCAUCAUGGGUCCCAGAGUGAUGGCCCCUGAUAGGGCCAGAAUUAGCUAUUUUGACUUUGUCUGCACAAUAGCAGCUUCAGUUAUGAUUUGAAUUUAACCAAACUUGCACACAACUUGUGUUCCCAUAAGGUCUUGGUUCCUUUCUUGAACCGGCCAGAUCCCAUAAUGGGUUCCACAGUUAUGGCCCCUGAAAUGGCCAAACUUAGCUGCUUUGACCUUGUCUGCACAAUAGCAGCUUCAUUUAUGAAUUUAAAUGGACUUGGAUAUUUUUUCUGAGAACCUGUUUGUCCUUGAGUGCAAUGACAACAGGUGAGUGAUAUAGGGCCAUCAUGGCGCUCUUGUUCCAAUAUCUGUCUGUGUAGAGUAUUAUCUUAAAUUAAAAAAAAAAACUGGUAUAAUUGCCUGUAGCCCUGCAAGUUUUAUUUUGAUUAGUUCUGGAAGACAAAAUUUAUGGUCCUUAAUAAAUUUAUAUUACAUAUUACGUACAUAUUUCUUUAGCCUUUAUUCAAUUGUUUGUCCCCUGUCUAACAGUCUGUCUGUUUGUGUCCACUCUGUUACUCUUGAAUCCCUUGGAAGAUUUUGAAGAAACUUGACACAGUUAUUCACCUCACUAAGAAAACAUGCAGAACACAGUUUUGGAUGGUUCACUUAAAGUCAAGGGCACACUUAGGAGUCCAAGGUCAUGUUAAGUUUGUUACGUAUCUGCCCGGUAACUUUUAAGUUGCUAAUCUGUUCUUCUCAAACCUGGUUUGAAGGGAUAUGCUUUCUUAGCUUUAGCUUAGCUCAUAUAUUUUUGUGAGGCAGGCUGAACAGUUUUGAACCUACAUGUUUCAAAUCAUUUUAAAAGUUUGUUUGGCUGGCCUAACACAAAGUUGUAUGGAAAUAUGUGAUAUUUAAGUCUUUCAUAUAUUUUUGUGAGGCAGGCUGAACAAUUUUGAACCUACAUGUUUCAAAUCAUUUAAAAAGUUUGUUUGGCUGGCCUAACACAAAGUUGUAUGGAAAUAUGUGAUAUUUAAGUCUUUCAUAUAUUUUUGUGAGGCAGGCUGAACAAUUUUGAACCUAUAUGUUUCAAAAGUCUUUUUGGCAUGUCUAACAUAUAGUUUUAUGUAGAUA